GAAUUUUGUGCAGAAUUAAAAGCAUGUAAAAAGAGAGGAUCUAAAGGAAUAUAUAGGAAAAGGGUUUUUUUUUCUGGAAAAAAUGGCUAAAAAAAAACAAGAUAAUGAAGAAAAUAACAGAAACUUUUGGAUUAAUACAGGAAUCGCAGGAGGAGUCUCAGGAUGUGUAGCAAAAACUAUUAUUGCACCACUUGAUCGGAUUAAAAUUUUAUUUCAAACGUCUAAUCCACAUUAUUUAGAAUAUUCAAAAAUGAGAUUUGGUUUUUUGCAUGCAGGGAAGAAUAUAUGGAAGAAUGAAGGAAUAUUCGGAUUAUUUAAAGGGCACUCUGUGACUCUUAUUCGUGUUUUUCCAUAUGCAGCUAUCAAAUUUCUCAGUUAUGAAAAAUAUCGAAAUCUUUUGAUUCCCAACAUAAAUUGUGAUACAGGGCUACGAAGAUUUGCAUCUGGAUCUCUUGCUGGCUUAACUUCUGUCUUAUUUACAUACCCACUAGAUAUUAUACGAGUUCGUUUAGCGUUUGAAAUACGAUCAAGAGAGCAUACUUCCUUUAAAAGAAUAUGUAGAAGUAUUUUUAAAGGGUCUGAUUGUUCUGUUAUUAAUAUUGAUCCUGUACAAAAAUCAUUUAAAUAUUAUUUUAACACAUCCAUGGGAUUUUUUAACUUUUACAGAGGUUUUACACCUACGCUUAUAGGAAUGCUUCCUUAUUCUGGUGUUUCUUUCUGGGCACAUGACUUUAUUGUCGACUUUUUUCGAAGUAAAACAUUUCAAAAACAUACUGUUAUUGCUCAUGACACAAGUAAUAUGUCCUCAAAAGAGAUCUAUUCCUUAGAAAAUACACUCGAUCUACAUCAGGGCUAUCGCUAUAAACGAACUCCACUUAAGGCUUGGGCUGAACUUACUGCAGGUGGAUUGGCUGGACUAUUUUCUCAAACCGUCGCAUACCCAUUAGAAGUAAUUCGACGCAAAAUGCAAGUAUCAGAUAUUAACGACAUACAUAAAAAAAAAGGUAUAUACGCAACUGCGCUUGAAAUAUGGAAUAGAUCUGGCUAUAGAGGAUUUUUUGUUGGGUUAACCAUUAGUUAUGUUAAGGCUAUUCCUAUGAUUUCCUCUUCUUUUUUUAUUUAUGAACGUCUCAUGCAUUAUCUCAUUUCUUAGUCUAAUUUGACAGCUUUUAUCAA